AUGCCAGAAAGACACUCACUGAUCUCCCUGUUCUCUGUUUAUUGGUUGACUGAAUACACCAAGCCAAUCCCUUAUCCAAUCAGUUAUGUACUGACUCACAUAAUUCAAAGGUAGAGGGUGUGUGUGUGUGUGUGUGCGCGCGCGAAUGUGUGCGCGUGCGUGAGUGUGUGUGAGUAAGCUGCAGUCUGUCUCUAACCUCUGACCUGCCACUUUCCAAGAUAGGAAGUGUUCCUGUUCUUGUUCCUGCAUAACUUAACACAUGCUGCACACACACACACACACACACACACACACGCACGCACACACACACACCCCACGAAUGUUUGACAGCUAAUCCUCUUCUCUCGUCACCAUCUCCACUUAGCUUUCACACUGACCCGAAUUGACCAGGAAAUGAGUAGACAGAACAGAGGGCCAGAUCGUGCAUCAACAGCAGAAAUGUCAAUCAGUUACAGAGCUGAGCUUCAUUACUGCAUUACACACACAGCCUCCCAAAUACUGAUGACCUUGUCCAGAGAAGGUACGUUUUUAGUAGAGUAGAAUGCUAAUUGAAUGACGUUGCCAGAUAUUUAAAUUGUGAAAUAUCACUCACUUCAUUGAACUCCUCAAAUGCUGGUACUGCACCAAAGUCUUUUAAUAGACAGAGUAGAGCCUAACCUAAAAAACAUCUUACCCCAUGCCAGUAAAAGGAGCAGAAAUGGAGCGUUCAGAUGCCUGUAGGGAUCUUCGAGGUUUAUUAGGGACGGACAAAUAGACACAAAUACUAACGCUGUGGUGUGUUAGACGCCUUCCUCUGAGCCUUUAGUAGUUUAAUCUUCUGGAAUUAAUCAGUCAAUCAAUAAACCACUUAAUCAAUCCAUCAACCUAACCUAACCCCAUCUUUCUCUGUCUUCCCCUGUAGGUUUCGGGAUGUCCACUCCGGUGACGGUAGCAGGGAAGGUGUUCCUGAUCUUCUAUGGUCUCCUUGGCUGCGCCGCCACCAUCUUGUUCUUUAACCUCUUCCUGGAACGCAUAAUCACCCUCCUGGCCGUAGUAAUGAAGGCCGUGAGGGAACGGCGCAUCCGGAACUCCGGCCUCCUCCCGCCGGGUAUCCGCCAUGACUUCUCGGCGUGUUCUUUCCCGGGGUGGAAGCCGUCGGUCUACCACGUCAUGUUGAUCCUGGGGCUGUCUGCCAUCAUCAUCUCCUGUUGCGCCUCAGCCAUGUACACCCCUGUGGAGGGAUGGGCUUACCUGGACUCACUCUACUUCUGUUUCGUCACAUUUAGCACCAUUGGCUUCGGGGACCUAGUGUCAAGCCAGAGAGCGGACUAUGAGUACCAGCCGUUGUACCGUCUGGCUAACUGCCUGUUCAUCCUCAUGGGCGUGUGCUGCAUCUACUCUCUGUUCAACGUCAUCUCCAUCGUCAUCAAACAGGUGCUCAACUGGAUGCUUCAGAACCUGUGCUGCCAGCGGUGUAACAUCAGGUCAAACGCUUUCCCGUUGGGACGCCGCAACGCCAUCCGGCCCGGGUCGAGAAUCCGUAAGGGCCGCUUCAGAAUCGGUCACCCGCCGGACUCUGGGGAUUCGGGACCCUGCGACAGCGACACAGAGGGGGGAGGACGCAGACUCUCUGGAGAGAUGAUUUCAAUGAAGGACCUGACGGCCUCGAAUAAGGUCUCACUGGCACUCAUGCAGAAGCAGUUAUCAGAGUCCGCUAACGGUUAUCCCAGGACGGUGUGUGGCGGCUCGAGACAUAACGGGUUCUCUGGAGGAGUGGGCGCUCUGGGGAUCAUGAAUAACAGACUAGCAGAGACCAGCAACUCCAGGUAGACCUGUGUAGUGUUUCUCAACUUCUGGUCCAUGGACAGGCUCUGGUCCGUGAGAUGUGGACUUUCGGUCGGUGAGAUGAUUGACUGACUUAAUGUUUGCAGUCCCCCACGGAGUAAAGAUCAUAGCUCGUCAGUCUCUGACACAAGAGAGACCAUAACCUGCUGUUCUCUAAGAUAAUAAAAAGGUUGGUAUGAAAGUUUGAGAAACACUGGAGUAGACCCCUGCAGGGUGGUAGAGCAUGUGCUUAAGGAGACAGACUGAUGGGGAGAGAAACUGAGAGGAGUUUUAUGGUCUUACGUGAUUAACUUUAUUUGCUAUCACUCUUGUCAUGCUUGAUUAUGUCUUGUUGUUCAAUGGAAGAGCAUAAUGAUAUGCAUGAAACUGUUGGACAUUUUUGGGGAUGGAAUCAACAUCCUGUGAUGAGGAUGAUGAUGAUGAUGAUGAUGAUGAUGAUGAGGACAGUUGGAAUGAUACUAUGGGAAGGAAAGGAACCUUCUUGUAACUGUGCUUUUGAAGGUCAAAACACUUGAGACAACCAUGGAAGGAAUUAGUAUAACAUGAGGCCAUAUUGCUCUCUUUGACUCGAAGCCAGAAAUAACAUUUUCACUGAUAUACCAUUGGCAUUCUUCAGAAGAAUUAGUUAGCCAUACCUGAGUAAAUCUCUGAGGCUGUGAGUAUCAAACGUCUCAGAAGAAUUAGUUAGCCAUAUGUAGCAAACGUCUCAGAUAAGAAGUGCUGAUCUAGGAUCAGUUUAGCCUUUUAGAUCAAAUUGAAUACAAUGAACAGGAGAGACCUGAUUCUAGAUCAGCAAUCCUUCUCCAAGAUGCUUGAUACGUACUGCCCCAGAUCAAUUUGACUUCUACAGCAUACUGCACUGGAAGAGGCAACUCUGUGCGAUCAUUAUGACAUUAUCACCAUUAUCGCUUUGGAGCUUUUUCACUAAGUAUGUCAUUUAUAAGUAGAUUUGAAUGUAUAGGUUGAGUUGGUACUGUACCUAUCGUUUCAACACAAAGAUAACUACAGUAUGAUAUAGUACAUAUAUAGCUAUGCAUUCCAUGUCUCAUUGUGAAGAACAAUAGGAACUCAUCGACAUAUCAGAUCCAUUUACACACCAGGCCUGAAGUAUGGAAGCUGAACCAUAGAGAGAGCAUAACGUGACCUUAGUUAUGGCAAAACUAGUCUCUACCAUAGAAAUAGAAUGACUAGAAUGAACAUUCAAGCCAUUCAUGUCAAUCCUCUGUGAUGGGUGGACCGGCACCCAUAUUGAUUGUGCCUAUGCGAGGAAGCACAAGCAACAAGUCAUAAUAUUACAAUGGUCUCCACCAAUCAUCUUGUACAAGUCUAAUCUUAAGCUCAGGUGACUGAUUAUUGUGGGGGAAGAGGAGACCGGUUCAGCACGUCCCAAAUCGCUUGUAAGGUGGAAGCAAUAUGGUGGAAGCUCCAACACUAUACUGCUUAUACCUGCCCAGACCCUUGGGAUAGAUCUGCAAAUGUUGAGGGGUUAGGGACAAGGGGGAAGGGGAAGAAAAUAAUUCAGACUGGCUGGUGUUGUAUCGGGUUGAUGCUACUGCUGUAGUGUGUGAUGUAGCCUGCAACCCCAGCUCAGUUAUGUCAGUCAGUUCAGUGAGUUCCUAGUUAGAGAUUCAGCACUGAGCCUGACUGCAGGGCUUCAAACAGUCAUUUCCUAUUUCUCAAGAUGGACGAGUGCAGAGAAGAGAGUGAGGGAGAGAGCGAGGGAGAGGUGGGAGAGAAGAGAGAGGGAGAGAGCGAGGGAGAGGGGGGAGAGGAAGGGAAUGAAAGUCGAGGGCCUCCUAGGAAGGUAACUAGGGUUCUUAUCAGCUCAGAACAUGUUUUAGGGCAGAGAGUGUUUGACUUACUUUAUGGGUGUAUGCCGGCUAAAACUCCUCUUCUCUUCUCCUUUUCUUUCCUCCUCUUCUCCUUUUCUCUUCUCCUCUUCUCUUCUCCUCUCUUCUCC